GUGGGCCAAAGCGAAGAGCGUCUCUGACGCCUCUGCGUUUCAUUUGGUGCUCUGCGGGAAGACUGGACACCAUUUGCGCAGUUUGCCCGUGUUACAGCGCAGCGAUAGGGUGGAUUUAAAUAAAAAAUAACAUCUGCAGUAAUUUGGGAUUUUUGACACUGAAAUGUCUACUCACUGGAAAUGCAGCUCCACGCCUGCCUGCUGCUUCUUCUCAUCGCAACAGAUAAAAUUUUGUCCUGGUCGGGUCAUUACUGUGGUGGACAUGUCCUUCUGGACAGAGAGACAUCUGGUCCCAUCAAACUCUCUUUACCUUUUAGUGCCAUCAGUACUCUCCCCAACCCCAUAAGCCAGCGGGCUGAUGAACCCUUGCAGCCAUUUAAGUGCACCUGGGUGUUAGACGUUCCCUCUGAAGGGACGGUACUUUUAAAGUUAGACUGGUCAGAUGGUGAUUCAACGAUCUCACUGCGUUGUGAAGAAGAUCGGAUCUUGCGGAGAGGAGAUACGGCUCUGCUCUCCAGCUGUGAAGGAAACCAAGCCACCCUCAGCUGGACGGGAGCAGGACGCUCCUCAGAUUCAGCUCAGCUGGUUUAUUAUGUUCAUGAAAAUGAAAGGAAUUCCUCGGAGGUUCUUUCAACUCAAGACCCCACUGGCUGGUUCCAGACAGGAACUACCGUCAGGAAUAUUGCUACCGUUGCCGAAGAGGUGGUGAGAGGCACAGAGGAGGGCAGAGGUCACCUCUAUGAAGAUUCAGUGAGGAGUUCAGACCCUCGGUUUGUGUCCAACACCUCCACUCAGGAAGGCAGGGCGCUCCCCUCCACCUCACGCCAACGGGGGCUUUCAGUCGCUGGCGGAGCUGAUAGGGAAACUCUCCCUCUUCCUGAGGAAAUACCAAACAAUGGAGUGGAUGCAUCUGGAGCUGCUCACCUCACUGGUGAUCCCAUGAGUGCCAGGACGCUCCCAUAUUUUCAGCAUGCAGUCAGUAUGGACGGAAAAUCCCAAACACAAAAUCCUACUCUCAUUCCAACUGAGACGUCCUGGACAAACACAAAAGUCCCCCUGAUUGGAACAGAUUUCCACAAGUCCACUCAGACAUCUACACACUCAGACCACCGAGGGUCCAGAUCUAGUGCUCUUCUCACCAUUUCUCCCUCUGAGACACCAGCUUUGGAGAGAACCGCCAGCCUUUUUCCACAUGGUGGCGCUAAACAUCAACACGAUCUAGCUGUUCCCUGGAUGAGGCAUGAGCCCACACACCGGUCUAACUCUGACCUGAUCUCUGCCACCACCUCCGACCCUGUAAAACCCUUCACCAUACCUCCACAGCAAGACUGGAGCGGUGCAAACAUUGACACUCAACCCACUACUCCAUCAUCAUUAUCAUCACAUGACCCCAGCAGGACUCACUCACCCCUCAUCACUGCUGUUGAUCUACACACUAAUCAGGAAUCCUCAUUUACACCUGAUGCUACGCCUCCAACUGCUUCGUCUCCUGACGAAAAGUUAGAACGUACAGACGUUCUUCACACGCUGGCUCCUUCCGAUCAGAGUCAAGCGGACUCUUCUGAAACCACAGAGAGACUCGUGAGCGUGACACCAUCUCCUUUAGUGAAAACUGCCAAAAAAUCCACACACGCGACCUUUUCUACGUCUGACAAGGACGAUGGACAAACUUUAGCUUCUGCUGGCUCUUUUCCUACACCCAGAGCAGCGCACCGAGAGAAAAUCCAAACGUGGGCUGCAACAGGAACUCUGCCAAUCACUCAUGACAACACACCCUCAGGUUUAGCCACUUCAGAUUCUUUUCCACCUUCUUACGCAACCCAAUUUUCUGACAGGACAAGAACCUCCUUUCCCACUGAAUUUUCUACGCACACAACCUUUGUGGACCACCAAACCGCCACUGCACACUCACACACAUCACAAUUAUCCCACGCACACCAUCCAUCCUACACUAAUACUCACAAACAAUCCCAAGACUUUAUCACCACUGGUUUUAACUUUAAAAUAGACCAAAUCCGGCAGUGGUUUUCCGGCAGAACUACAGAGCAGAUUCCUACAACCGGACCAACUGUACAUUCCAGUAAACCGAACCAGUUGGAUCCGACACCAUCUGCUUUAAUUCCCAGUUGGCACUCCACAAAGAGUCCUGUGUUCUACAUUGUCCCAAACCGACCUGCUACAAUCAGAGUGGAGACGGUUGAGCUGCUGCUGCAGGUGGUUGUAGAAGAGUCCAGGUCGGCUUCAGGUCCUGGUUUAGACGAAGACACGGCCACCUGGGUACAGCCAUACCUUCAAAAGGCACCAGGUUUCAGGAGGCUGCUGGGUGUCUGGAGCAGUGGCCAUGCGGUUCAGAUUCUGGUGGAGUUUAAAACCAAUGAAGCUCUGCCAUGGCUCGAUGCAAGUGCACCCAUGUCGCUGCUGGAACAAAUGGGACUAACUCGAGCUCUUCAUGAGGGCAGGAAGUUCAGAUCAUCCAGGAUCACCAACAUCACUCUCGGAGGGCUGCAGGCUGACGUGUGUGACUGGUUGCUGCAGUGCCCAGCAGGAUAUAAAUGCAUGCCAGAGCUUGGCACCACAAACCACAGCUGCUCCUCUUUGUGUCGCUUCGAUUACUGCCACCACCAUGGCAUCUGCACCCACCAUGCAGGCCAGCUUCCUGUCUGCCGGUGUCUUGUAGGUGAUGACUUCUGGUUCAUGGGUCAGAGGUGUGACAUGAAGAUGACUCGAAUGCGGCUCGUGGGUGCGUGUCUCGCCAUCUUACUCAUUAUAGCCUUCAUCAUGGGAGCCGUGGCUUUUGUGGCGGUGCGACGCUAUCGAGCCAUUCUGAUCCAGGCCAAAGCGAACCAGACUCGCAGCAGUUAUCGCAGGUUCAAUCAUUUUGAUGAGCUGUCGGGUCGGUUCUGGUUGCGCUCGUGGGCAGAGUCGGCAGAUUCACUCGACAAUCCUGGCUUCACACGAUCUGAAGAGUUGCUGCAUCUGCGAGCUCUCGACCGCCCUUGCUGUUACCACGACGACACGCUGUCGCUGCCCUCCACCUGUCCCAGCCACGCAGCACGCAUCAACACCAUCUACCCUCACAGCUCCCAGUAUGGUUGGAGGGGGAGUGAGCUGAGUAUGGGGGAUGGUGUGUUGGACUCGGGUAAGGCCAGUGACCUCUCUGUCUGUAGCUGGCCUGUGGAACCCAUUAAUUGGACUCCGUUCCCACUUCUGCAGCAACUAGCUUCCCACAGGACACCCCCUGUCAGGGUGUCAAGACCACGGUCCUACUGUGAGGGCAUGGAGCUGGUGGACCUGGGAAAGAGCUGGACAGCUUGACACCAACCAGAAGAAAUCUCUGUUUUCAUCGUUCUGCAUUGGAUGCAGAGUUUAAAUGAUCUUCAUUUGCUGACAAAGUGUAAAACAAAUGUAAAUAUAUGUGUACAUUAAUAGCUUUAUAGUAAUGAAUCCUCUGUUAUACUAUGGCUGUACAGAGUAUGUUUUUUAUACUGUGUAUGGUACAUGCUAAAAUAUGCUUUACUGAGUUUGAACAAGGGUGGGUGUUUUGUGUUUGAAUUUUGUGAAUUUCAAAUUUCCUUGCAUUUGAACUUACUUUGUUACAUUAUUACUCGGGUCCUUUAAGACCAGUAAAAAACAGUCACUUAAACCAGUAAAGAAGAAUUAUUUGAAAAUGUAUCUCUCCUUCCAUCUGAGCUAAGCCCAUCUCUUUUUAUUUCCCCUUAAAAUAUAAGCUAUCAAAAUGCUGCUGAAAUGGGAAACUAAAAUGACAACAUGCAUAAUUCAUUUGCUGUAUUGUUGUCAUUUACCUUCAUAAAUGGGUGUCGCCUAACGUUUAAAUCCCAGCCAGCAUGAAUAUGUGGGUCCCAUAUGGAUAUAUAUGGGCAAGCUGUAUGGGUGCCAACGGGGUUUGUCUAUGGUUUCCAUGAUGGCCCCACAGGGGUUAGCACACAUAAAUUAAAAUGGGCCCAGCAUGGGUUUUCAGAGGGGCCCAGAUGGUAUGACUCAUACAUGGACUCAUUAAAAUCCAUGUGGGCAGAUCCCUGUGUUGGCAAACCCUGUUGGUACCCAUACAGUUUGCCCACUGGUCAUCAAAUAAGAACAUCAUGACAAAGUAGAUUUGUUUCAGUAAAUCCCUUUUAAAGGUUUGUUCAUUUUGAUGAUUAUAACUGACAUCUAAUGAAAAUCCCAAAUUAAGUAUCUCAGAAUAUUAGAAUUUAGUGAAAAAGUUCAAUAUUGAAGACCUCUGGUGCCACGCUCUAAUCAGCUAAUUAACAAAAACACCUGCAAAAGCCUUUAAAUUGUUUCUCAGUCUAGUUCAGCAGGCUAUACAUCAUGGGGAAGACUGCUGACUUGACAGUUGUCCAAAAGAUGACCACUGACACCUUGCACAAGUAGGGCAAGACUCAAAAGUUCACCGCUAAAGAAGCUGGCUAUUCACAGAGCUCUGUGUCCAAACAUUAGAUUGUGAAACCCAUUCAAAAAUGUGGGGGAGAUUCACAAAGAGUGGACUGCAGCUAGAGUAUGUGUUUCAAGAACCACCACGUACACAUGUAUGCAUGGCAUGGGUAUCAGCUGUCGCAUCCCCUGUGUCAAGCCACUCAUGAGUAAGAGCGUCAGAAGAGUCUCACGUGGGCUAAAGACAGUAAGGACACAACUGGUGCUGAUUGGUCCAACAUUUUGUUCUCUGAAGAAAGUAGAUUUAGGAUUUCCUUUGUAAAUUGAGGUUCCAGAGUCUGGAUGAAGAGAGGAGAGGCACAUAAUCCACGUUGCUUGCGGUCCAGUGUAAAGUUUCCAGUCAGUGAUGGUUUGGUGUGCCAUGUCAACUGCUGGUGUUGGUCCAUUUGUGUUUUCUGAGGUCCAAGGUCAAUGCAGCCAUCUACCAGGAAGUUUUAGAGCGCUUCAUGUGUCCUGCUGCUGACCAACUUUAUGCAGAUUUCACUUUCCAACAGGACUUGGCACCUGCACACACUUCCAAUGCUACCAGUGUCUAUGUCAAAAAGACCUACAUUAAAAUGUGAGUAAAACCUGAA